AUGCCACCCUCGCCGACCGUCUCUGCCAAGGAUUCACUCCGCGCUCCGACCUCGGCGCAUUUGUCCAUUGAACAAACCUCAGACACGGCUCGCCUCCCUGAAGAUACACCCUCCUCCGUGACGCUGCCAGCGAACGCGUCCCUUGACAAAGUCUGCGUCCUGCUGAAGGAGAUUCUUGACGAAUUCAAGAAGCGCCCACAAGCGGCGGGCGAAGCUGCCAUCACCACCACCACCACCACCACACUCCUCCUCCUCCUCCUCCUCCUCCGUCAAACUACGGUGUCGUUGUUCUCCGCGGCCCAGUUCUCAGACCUCGACCACGACCACGACGAUGACUGCUCGACCGGCGCCUCCCUCGACCCAUACGGCCCCAUAGACAUAAACGAGGACAUCCCUAUGCAACUCGACCCCGCCGUCGAGAGCCCCAUGGUUGCCGGCUGCCCCCUUCCAGAGCCCAUGGCAAGGGCCCCGUAG